UCUUUUUUGCCCAUUGCUCAUCAGGCAAUGUUGUAAGAACAUUUUGCAAAUCUUGCCAAAUCCCAAUGAACGUUGGAUCAUAGUAGAGUAUCCGUUUGUUUCCGGUGACAAAUUUUGUUCUCCGUUGAUUGCUUCAUUUUCUGUUCAUAGUUGGCCAUCAGAAGACCAUGAGAAAGAGUCUUUUCACUUGAUUGCCAACAUAUUUUUUUGGAAAAUAAAACUUGCAAUUAAACAUUUUAUAUAGUCGACCGUGAUAAGGAAUAGAACUCGUUUGCUAAUAAAGGCUUCUGAGCUGUUAAAUGUUUCUUUUCACGAUAGCUCAUAAACAGUAUGCACUUAUCGCAAGUGUUUUCUUCUGGUUCACACUUGGAUCUUACUUCUACUCCUUCCGUGUUUGCGAUCUUGUAUGCGGUAGAAACGCAAAUAGCAGCCAUCCUUUAUGCUGUGCAUCCAUCGCAGGAGGACUUUUUCUCACAGUUGGAUCAGCCGUCGCAAUUGUUUGGCGUUACCUGUCCCCCUCGUUAAGACCCUUUUUAGAAUGCAUCCUUUCGCUUGUCGGGACUAUGCCCAGUGGAUUCACUUCUUACGCUCUCAUGAAAGUGCUCGUCUACGCCGAAACCAUCCAGCUCUUGGGCCAUAUCAGAGAACUAUCGGCUAUUCCGAUAACGAUAGCGGCUUGUUUGAAAAACGAAACAAUCCACUCGUCGCAGUUAAUCCACAAAAGUUCAGUUUUUCAACAAGAGCACAUGAAUCACGUGAAUACAGGCGUCACCGACAUCAUAGCCAAAUUCAACGAUGUCAAUGGAACUCAGAGUCAAUUCCGAAACGCCGUCGAAAUCGGAUACAGAUGGUUGGAGAGCAGAGGAUUCGGUUGCCAACAAGUCUUGACAAGGCCUUUUGCAUUGUGUUUAAACGCUACGAAAGAAGCCAAGAAGGAUUGCCUCUUAAAGGGUGCACAAGCGCUCUGCGAUAUUGUGGAUAUCUCGGAAGAAAUUUGCUGGAAACUAAUGAUGUUGAGCAAAGGGCCUUGCCAACAUUUAGGGCCGGAGAGAAUCACUGAAAUGUUAGCGAGUUUUCGUCAGCGGCUGGGCAGUUUGGCGAGUGGAGUCAUUCGAAUGCGUGUAGGCAUCCUGUUCGAACUUCACGUCACUUCUAACGUAGGGGACAAGUUAAGCAAAGCAUGGACUCGUAUUUUGGAAAGUCUUCGUGAUACAGGUGAACUUAUCCGUGUGAUGUACAACAUUACCAUCAACUACGUUCUCAAAUUAGUGGCUAUGGCUGGACUGUUACUCUGGCCAGUCAGCUAUCUUUGUUACUACGUUUGUGGUCCACUCUCGUUCGAUAACUCCUACAUCACCAAAGCCGAAUACUUGGAGAUUCAAGGACUAAUAGAAGAGAUGGCAGAGAAAGACGACGUAGAAUUGCAGAUUGUUCCAGUGUGGAUCCCGACGCUCCAAGAAACAAUUCGAAUGCUAUGGGAUCUAUUAUUUUCCGCAGACCAACUGAUUAUUGUGGCUUUUCUUUUGGUCGAUUUUUAUUACACAAAUUGGGUCAAUGAUCUUCACACGAAAUGGUUGGAAAUGUUCCACAACUUCCGAACAAACCUAUUCGACAAAAUUGGGCAGCCUAACGAGACAACAGGAGUCGGAUUCAUCGGAGAGAUGGUUGUUCAACAGCUGGAAAAAUUGCAAGAAGCCAUUGGUUUCGAUCGUCUAUUGUCUUGCAUCCGUCCAGCUCCACCCGUCACUUACUCCCGAAACAUUUUCUUUACAGCUCUGGCUCAGAAAGCGUUGUACGUUUUCGUCCAAACCAAAUGGCGUUAUAUCCCUUCAUUUAUUUGUGCCAGAUUCUUCCGUCACAGACAUUACCUGCGAAUGUCCUACCUCAAAGCCAAAAUCAUGCUGAGGCCUCGCUCAGCUCAAACACGCAAUCAUGUUUCACGCUGUUGUUUCACACUGCAUUUGAGACGAAAGCUAUCCGCACUGUUCGUCAGAUUACGAAGUCCAAUCCGUAAAACUUGUCAUGUUUGAGGCUGAUUUCUAAAUGAAACUUUGUAAUAAAAUUCUAAAAACGACCAAUCUUUCAAAAU